AUGAAGCCCCGAGUUGUGGCCCUGCUGGCUGCUCUCGUGGCAUGCAAUUUCCUCAGCCAGGCGGCGGAUGAUCUGGAGGAGGCGCUGCUGCUGUGCGUCAGCGGAUACACGCCUGGCUCCGCCCUGCCGAAUGGCACGCUCGCCUGCCUGCCUCCGUGGCCGGAGGAGUGCCUGCGAGUGGAGAAUGCGGGCGGCCUGCCCCAAUGCCAGAUCUACACGGCGGCGGCGGGCGACACAGUCGACUCUCUGGCCGCCGCCUUUGGCCUCAGCGACCAGGAGCUGUUUGCUACCAACCCGUUGCACUCGGGGGAUACCAUCCCAGCGGGGGAACCGGUCUACAUACCGCCCUGCGGCAGCAUGACAGCUCCAGGCAGCCCGCAGCCCCCGGAUGGUCCGCCUGAUGGCCUGUGGGCGCCUGAGCCUGCUCCUGUGGAGGCCGCCGGCCCGUGGGGAGUGCCAGUGCCAGCAGCAGCACCAGCAGGAGCGCCAGCAGCAGGCGAGCAGCCAGCGGCCUCUCCCACCUCGCUGCCGGCAAAGCCUCCCUCUGCGCAGCCCGCGCCAGGCCCAGCAGGCCGCGCGACACGGCGGGAGGAGCCUGCAGAUGGCGAGGAGGCGACACAACUCACCGCCCUGGUUCCGUCAGAGGCGCCGGCACCUGGGUCGGCCGCAGCCCCCUUGCUGGGUGCGCCGGCACCAGCGCCGCAGGUGGCGCCGGGCCCCGGCAGCAGCAACGAUGCUGUGAAGCACUGCGUGAAGCUGCGGGAGAGCAGCAAGUACCGGCGGGAGGUGGGGGCGGCGCUGGUGUCUGGCGCCGACCUGGUGGUGGAGCUGGCGCCGUACUGCGCACCGUACCGAGCCCUGGUGGGGCUGGAGGAGGCCCAGCUGCCCGACGGCAUCGCGGCUGAGCGUUAUGUGACGGCCACCGCUCCUGUGAUGCAAAAGAUAGCCGGGCUGGGCAGCGUGGGCGCCGGAGCGCUGGCGGCCGAGGCGGCGCUGCCGCCCACGGCCGACCUGCUGGGCGGCGCCCCGGGGCAGCUGCGCCGGGUGCUGGCCCUGGACGGCGUGCAGGACCCGGGCAACCUGGGCACGCUGCUGCGCACGGCGCUGGCGCUGGGCUGGCAGGCCGCCGUGCUGCUGCCGGGCUGCUGCGACCCGUACAACGACAAGGCGCUGCGGGCCAGCCGCGGCGCGGUGUUCAAGCUGCCGCUGGCGCAGUACAGCCUGGGGCAGUGGCAGCAGCUGGUGGAGGAGCAGCGGCUGGUGCCGCUGGCCGCGGAUCCCAGCCGCGCGGCGGCGGCGGCGGCGGCGGAUGCGCGGGGGACUGCCGGCAGGGACGGCAGCGGCUCGGCAGCGGCCCGGCAGCAGCAGCAUGGGCAGGCGGCAGCGCCGGAGGGCGACGUGGGCGCCCUGCAGCAGCGCCUGGCGCAGCUGCCCGUGUGCCUGUGCCUGGGGGCGGAGGGCCAGGGGCUGUCGGCGGGCGUGCGGGAGCGGUGCGUCGCCGUCAGCAUACCGCAGAGCGGCGGCGGCGAGCUCAUGGAGAGCCUGAAUGUGUCAGCGGCGGGCGCCAUCCUCAUGUUUGCCCUCAGCCAGGGCUCGGCACCGCUCCUAGUGGAGCUGGCAGGCCUGUAG